UCACAAUAAGCACAAUCAACAAUAAUUAUCGGUCAACUUAAAACUUCAAACUGGUCACGUAACAAUCACAAUUUAAUCAAGGGCGAUGAUACAAGUGGAUUAAAGGGCAAGUUUGGUUAAUUAAAUUGCUAAUAAUCAACAAUCUAAUCAUGACAGAGUAUAAAUACAGACAGUGUUUUAAAUUUUCUAUUCAUUGAUUCAAUUGAAAUCAUCAUGUAUUCAUCAACAAUCUUAAUCAUUGCUCUUCAACUAACAAUCAAUGUUGGUAUAAUUAUCGGUGCUCCAAGAAGUGGUAAAGUUAAUUGUACUGAUUAUCGACACAAUUUGGACGUUUGGUCAAAUGAACUUUUACCUUUGGCCGAUCGAGCGAUACCUUUACCAACUACACCCGAAGAAUUGAACAAUGACCAUUGUGUCCGAUCAAAAGCCGCUUCGAAAAAGUUGAAAGAUCUUCGAGUUUGUUUGAAACCUUUUCCGUCUCAAGUUCUCGAUGUGAUCUUGUCGGGUGCUCGAAAAACCAUGAGAAACACAUGUAACACCUUCGAAGCCCGUCAAGAGUUUGUCGCCAAAACCGCUUGCAUGAGAGAGAGUGGACAAUAUCCAAAGGCCAUCGAUUGUGUUGACCGUUAUGUUGCCGAAAUGGAGUAUGUUCGAGAUCAUAUCGAUAACCUCGACAUGAAGAUUCCUUACACUUGUUGCUACUAUUGGAAAACUCGAAGGUGUUUCCUUAAUGUCGUCGCUGCUAAUUGUAAUCAAGCUUCACUUAACUAUUCAACUGAGCACAUGGACUCAUUGUUUACUGAAACAACUGAUUUACUUUGCAAUAAAUGGGAAGAGGAAUCAACUAAUUGUGCUAAAUUAGCUCCUUUACAUUUAAACCGAAAGGCAGUCAAACAUUCAUUAACUUUUGUCUUACCAAAUCUUGACAUUUACACUCAAACGUAGACAACAAUUUACUAAUCAAAUACACUCUAACUUAUUGUUUUCCAAUAAAAUUGUUAAUUUUCAUAAA